AUGGACGUCGCGCUCGAGCUCCUCGACCCCCUCGUCCUGGACAAGGCCUACGCCUACUUCGUCCCCGCGCCCACCACAACCGGCGUCGCAUACAACGCGACCGGCGACGCCUUUUCCGCCUCCUCCUCCGCCUCCUUUGCACCAUCAGAUUUUACAAACUCGUACGGCUCCGCCUGGCCCCGCGACAGCAUCCUGCGCCAAUGCGUCUCCAUCUUCGCAAUCACUCAGGUCGGCGCCUGUCUCCUUUACUGGAUCUUCAGCCCGCUCUCCUACUACCUCAUCUUUGACCGCCGCCUCGAGCACCACCCGCGCUUCCUCAAGAACCAGAUCCGCCAGGAGAUUAUCUCCUCCAUGAAGGCCGUCCCCGUCAUCAAUAUUUUGACGCUACCCUUCUUCCUCGCCGAGGUCCGCGGCAAGAGUCUGCUGUACACCCACAUUAACGAGUACGGUCUCUUGUGGAUGGCUAUGUCUGCCUUGGUCUUCAUGGUCUGGAAUGAUAUCGCCAUUUACUGGAUUCACCGCCUCGAGCACCACCCCUCUGUCUACAAGUACAUUCACAAGCCACACCACAAGUGGAUUGUGCCUACGCCCUGGGCCGCCCUCGCCUUCCACCCUCUUGACGGCUACGUCCAGUCUCUGCCCUACCACGUCUUUGUCUUCUUCUGCCCCAUCCAAAAGUACCUCUACAUGGGCCUCUUCGUCCUCGUCCAGAUCUGGACCAUCCUCAUCCACGACGGCGACAUGAUCUCGGGCCACUGGCUCGAAAAGUACAUCAACAGCCCCGCCCACCACACCCUCCACCACAUGUACUUCACCGUCAACUACGGCCAAUACUUUACCUGGGCCGAUAACUACUUUGACUCUCACCGCGCCCCCCAACCCGAGCUCGACCCCCUCCACGAUGCCCUCAAGGUCAUGCGCGCAAAGGGCCUCGUCGACGAAAAGGGGAACCCGAUUCCCCAGGACGAGAAGAAGAAGGAUCUGUGA